AUGGAUUUUGAUGAGCGCGUGCCCUGCUCGUCUAACAUGUAUUUGCCCAGUUGUACUUACUACGUCUCGGGUCCUGAUUUCUCGAGCCUCCCUUCUUUUUUGCCCCAAACCCCAUCUUCUCGCCCCAUGACAUAUUCCUAUUCGUCCAACCUCCCCCAGGUACAACCUGUAAGAGAAGUGACCUUCCGGGAGUACGCCAUUGAGCCCUCCAGUAAAUGGCACCCCCGGGCCAACCUGCCCCACUGCUAUUCCGCAGAGGAGCUCAUGCACAGGGAAUGCCUGCCCGCCUCCAGCAGCGCGAGUGUGGGCGACAUGCUGGCCAAGAACUCCGCCAACGUCUACCAUCACCCCACCACCACGGGCACCUCGUCCAAUUUCUAUAGCACGGUGGGCAGGAAUGGGGUCCUGCCCCAGGCUUUCGACCAGUUUUUCGAGACUGCGUACGGCCCCCCGGACAACCUGACCACCGCCACCUCCUCCGACUACCCGGGGGACAAGGGCGCGGACAAAAUGCCCCCGGCGGCCGGGGCGGCCGCGGCUGCUGCAGCAGCCCCGCCAACUUCAAGUUCGGACGCCGGCGGCGGUGGCUGCGGCAGGGAGAAUGCGGCGGCGGCGGCAGCGGCGGCGGCCUCAGCGGAGGAGAAGGAGAGGCGCCGGCGGACUGAAAGCGGCAGCAGCCCGGAGUCAUCUUCCGGCAACAAUGAGGACAAAUCCAGCGGCUCCAGUGGCCAGCGGACCCGGAAAAAACGUUGCCCCUACACAAAAUACCAGAUUCGGGAACUAGAGAGAGAAUUCUUCUUCAGUGUCUAUAUUAAUAAGGAGAAGCGUCUCCAGCUCUCUCGAAUGCUCAACCUGACCGACCGCCAAGUCAAAAUCUGGUUUCAGAACAGACGCAUGAAAGAAAAAAAAAUUAACAGAGACCGAUUACAGUACUACUCGGCUAACCCGCUACUCUAA